AUGGUGGCUCCUCACCCUACUCUCAAGGCUACCUUUGCCGAGAGGGCUGCCACAGCCGCUCAUCCUCUCAACGCUUAUCUCUUCAAGUUGAUGGAUCUCAAAGCCUCGAACCUCUGCCUGAGCGCUGAUGUCGCCACCGCUCACGAACUUCUCUACUUUGCUGACAGGAUCGGCCCCGCCAUUGUCGUCCUCAAGACCCAUCACGACAUGGUGUCUGGAUGGGACUUUCACCCUGAGCGUGGUACCGGCGCCAAGCUCGCUGCUCUAGCACGCCGCCACGGCUUCCUCAUCUUUGAGGAUCGCAAGUUUGGAGAUAUCGGCAACACAGUCGAGCUGCAGUACACCAGCGGCUCGGCGCGCAUCAUUGAGUGGGCUCACAUUGUCAACGUCAACAUGGUUCCCGGCAAGGCCUCCGUCACCUCACUGGCCAACGCUGCCUCGAGAUGGCUUGAGCGUUAUCCUUGCGAGGUGCGAACCUCGGUAACCGUCGGGACUCCGACCACAGAGCAAUUCGACCACGAGCACGAGGAGCAGGAAGUCGCACCCGCGACACAAGACCUGCCACCCGUGUCUCGACGAGAAGAUGGCCGCAAGGGAAGCAUCGUUUCCGUCACCACCGUCACACAAAAAUACGAGUCCGCUCUGUCGCCGCGCCUGAACAAGGGUAUCAGCGAGAGCGACGAGAUGCUGUUCCCCGGUAUCGAGGAAGCCCCCCUGGAACGCGGCCUGCUCAUCCUCGCGCAAAUGUCGAGCGAGGGUAAUUUCAUGAACAAGGAGUAUACACAGGCCUGCGUUGAGGCUGCUCGCGAGCACAAGGACUUUGUCAUGGGUUUCGUGUCCCAAGAAGCUCUCAACGCCCAGGACGAUGAUGUAUUUGUGCACAUGACGCCCGGCUGCCAAUUGCCGCCCCAAGACGAGGUCAACGGCACGCUCAAGGGUGACGGCAAGGGCCAACAAUACAACACUCCCGCUAGCAUCAUUGGCGUUGCUGGCUCCGACAUUGCCAUUGUCGGACGCGGUAUCCUCAAGGCCAACGACCCGUAUGAGGAGGCCGAGCGAUAUAGAUCCGCCGCAUGGAAAGCAUACACGGAGAGAGUGCGGUGA